AUCUGAGCUGCGAAACAUGAAAAUUCCAUGCGACCCGCCAAAGCCCGUUCACGACAUUUCCAGUGACAGAUCCAAAAUCUAGACUUAUAAACCCUUCAUAUGCCUUUAUAAAUAACAGUAGCCAUCGUCAUACAACGUUGAACGGAAAAGUGGGAGAACAUGAUUGCACGUUGUUAACUCUACUUUCCUCAAACGCAAACAUGCAUAGCACCACAAGAGCCGCCAGUUCUUUACACUUUGUAUUCCACCACCACCAUGUCUUCAACCCAGCCUAUGCUUCAGAAGAGCAGGAUGCAACACCGUUAUGCUGCUGUAGUUCCUGCCGGACCAAGCUUGUACUACUACCGAACAUUUGUCUUCUGUUCUUCCUGGGAAUGUUAUUUCCUCCAAUAUAUUUUUGCCUUUGGAGCUGGCAAUUGUAUGCGUUGAUCGCAUAUAAGAGGGAGUUGAACGAAGCCAACUACCUAGGAAAAGGAAGAGAAAUAGAAAAGGACGUUGAUGUCGAGGAUGAGCAGGAAGACUAUGAUGGCUACACGCUUCGUUCUGACAAUCCGUUCGCCGACAAGUACAAAAUCAGCGAGUCGGAAAGUGAGCGGACUGUGCAGUCUUUACAACAAGAGAACAAAAAGUACAAUUUCGACGCCCAUUGCUCCAUCAACAAUCGUUUUGAUAAAUGGUGUGGCAGAUCACUGAUUGCGUUUUCAUGCCAAGUGUGUUUGAUAGUUGUCAUCAUAUGUGCAGUAGUGUUUGCUAGGGAGAAACAGCGGAGUAAUUUCCCCCUGCAGGCCUGAAGGCUAAGGUCAAUGUCAUCGACUAGAAAAAUAGAUAAUGAGGGGGGGGGGGAAUUACCACGAAAAUGAAAAAAAAAAGAAUUUUCCCGAUUCGGACAUCAAAGGAAACAUGUUGAAACUAAAAGGGAAAGGUGAUUACCAUCCAUCCAGAAGAAGUUUGAAACAUGAUUGCUGUGCA